AUGACUUGCGGUGACAUUCAAAAGGAUCUUGCAAUGUCUUGUGUACAUGAAGUUAUGAAGGUGAUUACGGAAGAGCUUGGUGAUAAACAAUUCUCUGUGCUUAUUGAUGAGUCACGUGAUAUAUCCGUCAAAGAGCAAAUGACGGUGAUGUUGAGGUUCUUGAACGACAAAGGGGAAGUUGUGGAACGAUUUCUUGCACUAUAUCAUGUCAAAGAUACUACUUCUGAGGCACUAAAGAAUGCUCUUUGUGAUAUUCUUGACCGUUACACGUUAUCUAUUUCAAGGAUACGAGGGCAAGGAUAUGAUGGGGCUUCAAAUAUGAGAGGUGAAUUUAAUGGUUUGCAAAGAAAGAUCCUAGAUGAAAACCCUUAUGCUUUCUAUGUCCAUUGCUAUGCUCACCGCUUGCAAUUGGUGAUUGUGUCCGUUGCUAGUAGUUGCUCAUCUAUUAAUGAUUUCUUUGAGUACAUAUCCUUGAUUGUAACAACAUCAAGUACAUCUUGUAAGAGAAGGGAUUCUUUGACGGAGGCACAACACGAAGAUAUUUUGAGUAAACUAUCGAGUGGUGAGAUAUCUACAGGAAGGGGUUCGAACCAAUCAUGUAGUCUCGCUAGACCCGGGGAUACUAGAUGGGGUUCACAUCAUACUACCUUGCUUCGUUUGGAUCAGAUGUGGUCCUCCGUGUUAGUGGUGCUUAGUAUGGUUGAUAAAGAUGGACGUGGACCAUCUCAAGCAGCGGGUUUGAUAGAAAAAAUGGAGAGCUUUAAAUUUGUUUUCAUUUUGAAGUUAAUGUUAAAGUUGUUUGGUAUCACAAACGAGCUUUCAAAAAUCUUGCAAAGAAAAGAUCUUAAUAUUGUGCUUGCCAUGGAUUUAAUUAAUGUUGUCAAAGCUCGGUUUGCCACAUUGAGAGAUAAUGGUUGGGAUAAUUUAUUUUUGGAUGUACAAGAAUUUUGUGUUGCUAAAGGUAUUCCGGUACCAAAUAUGGAUGAUGAAAUAGCGGUUCGGGGUCGUUCAAGACUAGAAGGGAGGACUGUCACUAAUUUUCACCAUUACCGUGCAGAGAUUUUUUAUGUUGCUAUUGACAAAAUAUGUGUGGAGAUGGAUCAUCGCUUUAGUGAAGGAAGUAACAUUGUCCUUGAUUGCUUCUCAUGUCUUGACCCCAAGAACUCUUUCUCCAAAUUUGAUGUUGAUAAGCUUGCUCGUCUUGCUGAUAUUUAUCAUCCUGACUUUUCUGAUGAUGACCGUGAAACAAUAAGGGAGCAACUUGACACUUAG